AUGCCAAGAAAUUACGUAAGAAAAUCUAGUAGGCAAUCAUGGGAUCCUGCUUCUAUGUUAAAGGCAAUAGAAGCUGUUAAUAAUGGUGAAAUGGGGUGGCUCAAGGCAUCAAAAACUUACCACAUACCUCAAGCAACUCUAAGGAGACAUGCCUUGCAAAAAAAUAAGACUUUAAAAAAAGGCGAAAAACGACUGGGCAGGUUUAAAACCACAUUUCCUGUAGAAGUAGAACGGCAGUUGGUGGAGCAUUUAAAACUGCUAGAAUCAAGGUUCUUUGGACUCACAAGACAAGACGUACUGGAGUUAGCCUACAAUUUAGCAGUAAAAAAUGGGUUUGAGCACCAGUUUAAUAUUCAGAAAAAGGCUGCAGGAAAAGACUGGUUAAGAGGAUUUCGGAAAAGAAAUCGAGAUAUAACACUGCGUAAACCCGAAGCUACAUCCGCAGCGAGAGCGCAGGCAUUUAAUAAGCCUCAAGUGGCUCAGUUUUUUAAGGUCUUCGACCAGAUCAUGCAAAAAGAAAAUAUCGACCCCAUGAGGAUAUACAAUGCAGAUGAAUCUGCUCUAUCUACAGUGCAGCGCCCGCAGAAAAUAUUUGCUACAGCCGGUCGGAAGCAAGUAGGAGCAAUCACCAGCGCUGAAAGAGGUUCUCAUGUAAGAGUUGUUUGCUGCAUGUGCACCGCUGGAAACUUUAUUCCGCCUGCCCUAAUUUUUCCCCGGAAAAAUAUGAAAAAAGAAUUGGCUGACCAUGCACCUGCAGGAACUUUAUGCAUUGCCCAGGAGUCCGGCUGGAUGACUGGCCCAGUGUUUUUACAGUGGCUGCAACAUUUCCAAAAAUAUGUCAAGGCAUCUCCCACUGAAAAGGUUUUGUUAAUCGUGGAUGGACAUGCAAGUCAUAAAUAUCUCGAUGCCCUUGUGUAG